UGAGCGCAGCAGCUGUGUGCAUCAUGAAUGGCAGCAGUUGGUGGGCGUCAGGGUUGGUGGUUUGACUGCGACGAUGGUUGGCAGCAUGUCGGGUCGUGGAGUUCAGCUGAUGUUUGGAAGCCACUCGCAGGAUCUGAUCUUUGGUUUGGUGUUGGUCUUCUACACCACGCUCUCCUCACACAUGCGAGCCUCUGCAGAGCACUGCAGGUCAAAGAACACGUCUGUGGAAUAUCAGCACUGCGGUUUUCACCCAGAUGGAGUCCAUGAUUUAGUCUGUUUUGGGAAACCCAAUCAGUCAGUGAAAAACUGUACCUGGAAACCUGGAAAACACACAUCCAAAAACACUGGAACCAAAGCCACCUGCUACAUUUUCAACAACAUCACUACAUUCCAUUUAAAUACCCGCAAAGUGUUUGAAAAUUACGACACUAUUAUAGUGGAGGUUUUUGAAAACGCACACACAGGAAACUGCACGAAAGCUGUUUUCCAAGGUUCACCAAAGCACCUGUUACGCUGUGACGCUCCCAGCUCUGCGUCCUUCAGUCGCCCUGCAGGAGGACUGAACGUGACCGUGACCUGGAAUCAGUCCGAAGAAACAAUGAUCAAAAGCUUUUCUGUCAGACUUAGAAAAGUGGGCAGCUCUUCAUGGAACGAGUCUUCUGUUCCAUCUGAAAGCAGAACCAAGCUCAGAGUGGAACAUCUGAACUCCUCACUAAUGUACGUCGUACAGAUUCAAUGUGACACAAAUGACAAGUGUUCACAGUGUCCAUGGAGUGAAGAUCAUAUCGUCCCAUCAGAACUCACAAGCCAACCCAUCAUCAACAGCCUAGAGGAAACUGCAGACCAACCAGGUCGCCGGUGGAUUUCUGUAAACUGGAGGUUUCCUGCAGAGAGUGACGGCUACAAAGUGACCAUUUGGAAGGCGUCAGGAGAGGUUCCACAAGAGCAGAAGAAAACCAUCAAAGCUAAAAUCAGGCUGCUCCUCUCUCAUUCAGAAUAUCUGCUCAAUAUCAGCGCUUUCAACAACGCCAGCAUCUCCCCACCUGUGAGCCUCAGGAUUCCACAGAAAGAAGACGUGAUGAACGAAGGAGACGGGAGGCUGAAUGUGAGCGUCAACAACAGCACAGCGCUGACGGUUUCUUGGAAAGAUGAUCUCAUCAAACAGUUUGUGUGUUAUUCAGUGGAGUGGAGAAAAAAGGGACAUUCUGCGCUCUACAAGUCCUUUUAUGAGAAUACCAACAACUACAGGCACUUAUCUCAUCUGCCAGUACCUUUAGAGCCCUACAUACGUUACAGCUUGACUCUGCACACACGGCCGUACAAGGACACGUGCAACAUAAAGCACAUCAACAACAGUGAGAGCACCUAUGGGACCACGCAGUUCUACUUCAAACAGGGAUCUCCUGUUAGCGCUCCCACAAACAUCAGCUUCUCCAACAAGACACUGACCUCGGUGGUGCUGCGGUGGUCAUCGGUCCCGGAGGAAGAUGUCAGAGGGUUCCUGCUGGGUUACAUUAUCCACUGGACCGAGCAUCACCACCUGGGCACAGAAAACAAUAUUACAUUGAAUCACAAGUUUAACAGCUGGGAGCUGAAAAAUCUCAAAAGUGGAACAGUACACCAGGUCCAGAUAUCUGCCUUUACCUCUGCAGGAGAAGGAGUACGAAGUGCCGCAAGCUUCUUCAAAACUCAUCAUGAUGAGAAGACGAAUCUGAUUGCUUUAAUUGCAGUCUGUGUUGUGGCCGUUUUGCUGGUGCCUGGGUGUCACGUAAUACAUAGGCUGAAAGCCACCAUCUGGCCCAGCAUCCCCAACCCUGGAAACAGCAACGCCGUGCAGAAAAUGGACAAACCCAGUCAGCUGGAACUCCUGAAGGCCAUGGCAACGCUGCAGGUGGAAGAAUGGGACACAAAAAGUCUUCAAAUACUUGAGAGGGAAGACUCGAUCCCUGCUGGGACCCUACCAUCAACGCUACCACUUCUCAGGACCUCAUCAGCAGACAAACAGGAUUCUCCAGAAAUGUCUUGCAACUGGAUCCAGUCGGACACAGACAGCACAGCUGUAGAUAACCCACCUGAUAAUACGACGGUUACAUUAUUGGAAACACAACGGACGGACCUCCAAAGCUCACCUUUGACCUUUGGAGGAGACUAUAUGACGAUGGAAUUGUUCCAGAAGCUGAUCUGUCAGGACGAGGAGCCGGACGCCACAGUUACUGCAGUCACUGAAGACAACUCAGACAACAUGAUGGUGAAAGCUCUGAGGUUAGACUAUGUAAGACAGUUCAGCACCAGGCCACCAGACAGUGAACACGUGUCCACUUGUUUAUGAUGAAGGUGGGAAUGAACUGCGCAACGGUGUGUCUUCUGAAUGAAUGAAAAUGAUUUAACACAGUUGUUUAUACUUUUAGCAGCUCUUUUUAUUCCACAGC